AUGCAGUUAAAACAUAUGAAAACUCUGCUUCCUCCAUUGGAUGGAGCAGCAAAAAUUUGUGCCAUUGCCCAUUCGCCAAACAACCAGAAAAUAGCUGUCUGCACAUCAGACAGGGUGGUCAUUUUGUUCGACGAGCAAGGAGAGAAGAGGGACAAGUUUUCACUCAAGCCAGCAGAUGCUAAGUAUGGAAAGAAGAGCUACACAGUAAAGGGUCUGGCAUUUUCCAGUGACUCAACCAAAAUAGCUGUUGGACAGACGGACAACAUCAUCUAUGUCUACAAGAUUGGAGAUGACUGGGGAGAGAAGAAAGUUAUCUGCAACAAAUUUGUACAGAACAGUGCUGUGACUUGUCUUAUCUGGCCACCAGACCAGGCAAUUAUCUACGGUCUUGCUGAUGGAAAGGUGAGGUCUGCAAACACAAGAACUAACAAGUCGGCCACUGUGUAUUCCACAGAAUCAUAUGUUGUUUCUCUGGCAGCAAGUCCAUCUGGAAAGGGAAUCCUAUCAGGGCAUGCGGAUGGUUCUAUUAUCCGUUAUUUUUUUGACGAUGAAGGAUCAGGUGAUUCACAGGGUAAAAUUGCCACACAUUCCUGCCCUCCCUAUGCAUUGGCCUUCUCCCAGAAUGCCAUUGUUGCUGCUGGGUGUGACAAACGCAUCACUGCAUACGGUCGUGAUGGGCGCAGCUUCCAGCACUUUGAUUACAGCCGUGAAGAUAAUGAACAUGAGUUCACUGUGGCUGUGUGUUCUCCGAGUGGCCAGAAUGUGGUCAUCGGUAGCUUUGACAAAUUGAGAGUACUUAACUGGAGUCCCCGUCGGCAGAUGUGGGAAGAGCCCAAACUAAAAGAAAUCCCAAACCUCUACACAGUCACAGCUCUGUCCUGGAAGAAGGACGGUUCCAGAGUUGUUGCUGGCACAUUGUGUGGUGGCCUAGAACUGUUUGACUGCUGCCUCAAGAGGACUCUGUACAAGAAUAAAUUUGAGAUCACAUAUGUUGGUACCAGUCAGGCCAUUGUCAGAAAUCUGGCCACUAAUACUAAAGUCAUGCUGAAGUCCCACUAUGGCUAUGAAAUCGACGAGGUUCGAAUCAUGGGUAGAGACAGAUACCUAGUGGCUCAUACAUCAGACACUCUUCUCCUAGGAGACAUGCUGACCUCCAGGCUGAGCGAGGUUCCUUGGCAAGGCUCUGGCAGUGAAAAAUAUUAUUUUGACAAUGAAAAUGUGUGCAUGAUAUUCAAUGCUGGAGAGCUGGCUCUGAUAGAAUAUGGACAGAAUGAGGUUCUUGGUUGUGUACGCACGGAGUUUAUGAACCCACACCUCAUCAGUGUUCGCCUUAAUGAACGGAAGCAAAAGGGGAUACAGGAAAACAAAAAGAUGGCCUAUCUCAUUGACUUAAAAACUGUUGCCAUCAUUGAUAUUCUGACGGGUCUAAACAUAGCACAAGUGAGUCAUGACAACAGGAUUGACUGGCUUGAGCUGAAUGAAACUGGCCAUAAACUGCUGUAUAGGGACAACAAACUGAAGCUGCAUCUAUACGACAUUGACACCCAGCAGAAAAGCAGUAUCCUCAACUACUGCUCCUAUGUGCAGUGGGUUCCAGGCAGUGAUGUGGUGGUCGCACAGAACAGAGGCAAUCUGUGUGUGUGGUACAAUAUAGAGGCCCCCGAGAGAGUCACCAUGGUGCCUAUAAAGGGUGACAUUAUUGAUCUAGAAAGAAAAGAUGGUAGAACUGAAGUUCUUGUGAAUGAAGGUGUGAGCUCUGUUGCCUAUACUCUAGACGAAGGACUCAUUGAAUUUGGAACUGCCAUAGAUGAUGGAGACUAUGCCAGGGCUGUGGCUUUCUUGGAGACUCUGGAGAUGACUGCAGAAACUGAAGCCAUGUGGAAGACUUUGAGUAAGAUGGCUCUUGAGGAGAAGCAGCUGCACAUUGCUGAGAGGUAUCUGAAGGAGACACUAAGAAUAGCUGAAGAGGUUUCCAAGCAGACGGGAGGGGACGGUUUUCAACAUUACAAAGUCAGGGCCAGACUGGCAAUAUCAGACAGGAAGUUUAAGGAGGCAGAGUCUAUUUAUCUUGAAGGGAACCAUGUGAAUGAAGCUAUUGAGAUGUACCAAGAGAUGCAUAUGUGGGAUGAUGCUAUCCAAGUAGCAGAUGCUAAGAGCCAUCCUGAGCUGGAGACGCUGAAGAAGAAUUACAAUCAGUGGCUCAUGGAGACCGGACAAGAAGAGGCAGCAGCAGAGUUGAAAGAGCGAGAAGGUGAUUACAUGGCGGCCAUUAACCUCUACAUGAAGGCAGGUCUGCCAGCAAGAGCUGCCAGAUUGGCUGCAAGUAGAGAG